AUUGUCUCGACAACUGUGAAAGGAGCGCAGCAGAGGAUGGAGAGCAAGCCAGCGGUGAACGGCCAUGCUGCCCCCAUCUCUCCCCAGGAAGACAAGCCAGGAGCAAAGCACUUGUACGAGGACAUACUGCCUUGCAAACAGAAAAAAGCAGUUGGCGGGGAGGUGACGGUGAUGGAUGCUUCUAGUCAGCCCUCGGAGGCAGCUGGCAGCAUUGCUGGAGUAUAUGUAGAGGCUUUGAAGAAGACAAUGAGCUUUUAUGAUGCCACCACAGAGCAUCUUCUGAGUUUGGAUUCAGCACUCUGUCUUCUCGAGGCCCAAGCAGCCACGGGCUUCAUCAUCGACCCGGUGAAGAACAGGCACGUUUCUGUAGCAGAAGCUGUGCUGCUGGGGCUGGUGGGGCUGGAGCUGAAGGAAAGGCUGCUCUCUGCAGAGAGAGCUGCUACUGGCUUCGUGGACCCCUACACAGAAGAGAAAAUCUCCCUCUACCAGGCAAUCCAGAAGGACCUGAUUGGGAGGGAGCAAGGUACUCGGCUGCUAGAGGUCCAGAUUGCAACUGGAGGGUUUCUCCACUGGCUGGCGGUCCCAGCCCCUCGCUGCCGGCUCCCAGCAGAUGUUGCCUGUGAGAGAGGAUAUUUAGAUGAAGAGAUGAGACAAUUCCUCUCUGACCCCAAUAACGAGGACAACAAAGGGUUCCUCAACCCCAGUACUAUGGAGAGGGUCACUUAUAAGGAGCUUAUAAAGAGGUGUGUUGUUGAUCCAGUCACUGGCUUCCUCCUCUUUCCCCUACAAAUCACAUUCCAAGGGCUGGGAGGGAGGGUGAGCAGCAGGGACCUGCUGGACUCUGGCAUCAUCAGCCCUGACACGUUCAGAGGUCUUGAGGAGGGAAGAGUUUCUGCCCAGGAGGUAGCAGAGAAUGACUCCGUUCAGCAGUUCUUGCAUGGGACGAGGAGCGUGGCUGGUGUUGUCCUGCCUUCCGGUGAGCGGAAAAGCCUUUACCAGGCACUGAGAGAACAUCUCCUCAUGCCCGGUGCUGCUCUUAUGCUCCUGCAAGUCCAGGCCUCCACCGGCAGCCUGACAGACCCCGUAAAGAACAAAACCUACUCAGUUGAUGAGGCUGUCAGAGUCGGUCUCAUCGGCCCAGAGCUUCACGAGAAACUGUCUUCAGCUGAGAGGACCAUCACUGGAUACAGGGACCCUUACACUGGAGAAAUGCUCUCUCUGUUCCAAGCCAUCAAGAAGGGCUUUAUCCCCAAGGAUCACGGCAUUUGCCUUCUGGAGGCUCAGAUGGCCACAGGAGGUAUAAUUGCUCCAGGCAGGCACCUCCGUGUCCCCACAGAGACAGCUUGCAAGUGGGGGUACCUGGACGAGGCCACAAGACAGCUGCUCUCCAGUCCUACUGAUGACAUGAAAAGGUUCUUUGACCCCAACUCCAAGGAGAAUCUGAUCUACGCAGACCUGCUCAAGCGCUGUGUCACUGAUCCCAACACGGGGCUCCUUCUGAUGCCACUUGGUGGAGACAGUAGAGAAGGAUCCGAGGGAGCCCACCUCUUUUUUGACCACAGGACCCAAACAACUCUGGAAAACACACAGGUACCCAUUGCUUUAGGUAAAUUCAAGGGAAAGUUGGUGUCUCUCUGGAAGCUCCUCUUCUCAGACUACAUCCAGAGUGAGCAAAGAGCUGCUCUCACCCAGCAGUACCUUGCAGGAACGCUCUCUACGCAAGAAUUGGGCAAGGCAGUCAGUGCCACCGUUGAGGAAAUGGCUUCCACUGCUAAUGUCACCUUUGAAGGACUGAGGGACCGAGUGACAGCUGACCAGCUCCUGAGCUCUGAAAUCAUCAACAAAGAUUUGUUUAAGAAACUGAAGGAGGGAGAAACAUCAGCCAAAGAAGUUGUCAGCAUGGACACUGUCAAAAAGUACCUGCAAGGGACUGGUAGCAUCGGUGGGCUCCUACUUCCUGACUCCCAGGAGAAGAUCAGCAUCUACCAGGCAAAGCGGAAAGGACUUUUAAGGCCAGGAACAUCACUGAUCCUCCUGGAGGCACAGGCUGCUACUGGAUUUAUCAUUGACCCAGCUGCCAACAAAAGGUAUUCUGUGGAUGAGGCGUUAAGAGCGAACGUCAUUGGCCCGGAUGUUUAUGAUAAGCUACUGACUGCAGAGAAAUCCGUCACUGGCUACAGAGAUCCCUACUCAGGGAAUAAGAUCUCCCUCUUCCAGGCCAUGAAGAAGGAGCUCAUUGUCAGGGAGCAUGCUAUCCGCCUGCUCGAGGCCCAGAUCGCCACCGGCGGCAUCAUCGACCCCGUCAACAGCCACCGCAUCCCCGUGGAGGUGGCCUACCGCCGCGGCUACUUUGACAAGAAGAUGAACUUAAUCCUUUCUGAUCCCACUGAUGACACCAAGGGCUUCUUCGACCCCAACACCCACGAGAACCUUACCUACCUGCAGCUGAAGGAGAAGUGCAUCACAGAGCCAUCCACCGGGCUCUGCCUCCUUCCUCUGAACAGCAGGAAGCGCCAGUUCAUUGACGACGCCACCAGACGGGUGUUCAGGAGCUCCUGGCUGCCGAUAUUCAACCACUACCAGCUGAGGAAGCUCACCCUGGAGCAAAUUCGAAGCAUGUUAGAGGAAGAAAUGAAGAAAUGGGCCCCCAUCAAGUUCCCGGCCAUGAGAGGCAGCGUCAGUGCUUACCACCUGAUGGAAACAGGCAUCAUUGACAAGGCCCUGUUUGAGAAGCUGUUGGAGGGAUCUGUCACUCCGGAGGAAGUCCUGCGCAUGGACUCUGUCAGAAAGUACCUCUACGGCUCUGGCAGCAUCGGGGGGAUUGUACUCCAGCCAUCAAACCAGAGGAUAAGCAUUUACGAGGCCAUGAAGAAAAACAUCAUGGUACCAGGAUCUGCCCUCCCACUGCUGGAGGCCCAGGCUGCCACAGGCUUCAUCAUCGACCCAGUGAACAACCAGAAACUCUGUGUGGAUGAUGCCAUCAAGGAGGGAGUCAUUGGGCCAGAACUCACCGAGAAACUCCUUCUAGCUGAGAGGGCAGUGACCGGCUACACAGACCCCUACACGGGGAGCUCUAUCUCCUUAUGCCAAGCCCUCAGGAAAGAGCUGAUUCCCCUGGAAGAUGCUGUUCCCUUGCUAGAGGCCCAGCUGGCCACAGGAGGGGUCAUUGAUCCCAUUCACCACCAUCACCUUCCACUCCAGGCUGCAUGCAGAUACGGCUUCUACGAUGAGGACCUGAACCAAACCCUCUCUCAGCUGAAUGACAGCACCAAAACCUUUUUUGAUCCGAACACAAAGGAGAGCGUGACCUACCAGCAGCUGAAGGAUCGGUGCAUUCGUGAGCCUGAGUCAGGUCUCUGGCUCCUUCCUCUGUCAGAAAACUCCAUGUUCUGUGCGUUUGCAUUCAAGGGCCUGCGGAAAAGUGUAUCUGCCAGUGACCUCUUCCAGUCUCAACUUAUAGACAAAAAAACCCUCGAUGAGCUCAAAGAGGGGAAGAAAACAGUCAAAGAAGUCACUGAAAUGGACUCUGUCCGCAGGUACCUGGAGGGCAGCAAUUACAUAGCAGGGGUCCUUAUACAGCCGAGCAAUGAGAAGAUGAGCAUCUACCAGGCCAUGAGGAAGGGCAUCCUGAGGCCAGGGACAGCACUGGUGCUGCUGGAGGCGCAGGCUGCCACUGGCUACAUCAUUGACCCAGAGAAAAACAAGAAGUUUUCAGUGGAGGAAGCACUAACUGCAGGGCUAAUUGGCAGGGAGAUUUUUGAAAAGCUACUCAGCGCAGAAAGAGCUGUGACGGGCUACACCGACCCCUACACAAAAGCCCCAAUAUCCCUAUUUGAAGCUAUGAACCAAGGACUGAUUGUCAAGAGCCACGGCGUCCGCCUGCUCGAGGCCCAGAUCGCCACCAGCGGCAUAAUAGACCGCCACCGCCUCCCCGUGGAGGUGGCCUACCGCCGCGGCUACUUCAACCAGGAGAUGAACCAGAUCCUCUCCGACCCCACCGAUGACACCAAGGGCUUCUUCGACCCCAACACCCACGAGAACCUCACCUACAUGCAGCUCCUGGAGAGGUGUGUCCAAGAUUCAGAGACUGGGUUGUACAUGCUACAGGUUGUACAGGAAGGAGGAAAGUACUUCUACAUUGAUGAGUCUACAAAACAGGUUUUGCGCUCAAAGCCCCUUGAAGUGAAAGUUGGAAAGUUUAAGGACCAAGCAGUUUCCAUCUGGGAAAUUCUCUGCUCUCAUUACUUCUCCGAGCAGAAACGGAAAGAACUGGUGAUGCAGUACAAAAGCAAAACUCUCACACUGGAAGAUCUUAUAGCCCUCAUCCUCAAAAUAAUUGAGGAUACAGAGCAAAGAGCAGAAGCCCUCAAGGUUAAAGGACUGCGCGGUGAUGUGUCAGUAUCAGAACUGUUUAACUCCGAGAUUAUUGACAAGAAAACUAUAGACCAGCUGCAGGAUGGGAGUCUCACGCUUGCCAGACUCACAAAGAGGGACACCAUCAAAAGGUACUUGGAUGGCACUGGAUGCAUCGCAGGGGUUUUAGUCCCAUCAAGGAAAGAGAAGAUGAGCAUCUACCAGGCCCUGAAGAAGGGCCUCCUCACAGAGCAAUGUGCACUGGGGCUGCUGGAGGCACAGGCUGCCACUGGUUUUCUCAUUGACCCACUGAAAAAUAAGAAGCUCUCCGUGGAUGAAGCUGUCUCAUCCGGGUUGGUGGGCAGCGAGCUGCACGAGAAGCUCCUGUCAGCAGAGAAAGCUGUGACAGGAUACACAGAUCCUCAUGAAGGAAGCAAAAUAUCCCUCUUCCAGGCGAUAAAGCAAAAGAUGAUGGUCAAGGAGCACGGCAUCCGCCUGCUCGAGGCGCAGCUCGCCACCGGCGGCAUCAUCGACCCCGUGCACAACCACCGCCUCCCCCUGGAUGUGGCCUACCGGCGCGGCUGCUUGGAUGACAAUAUGUUUCUACGACUUUCUGAUCCAGAUCACGGCAGCAAAGGUUUUAUAGAUCCAAACACUCAUGAGAAAAUCACUUACAGUGAGCUCCUGCACAGAUGUUCAAAAGACAGAGAUACUGGAUUGUACCUGCUGCAGCUCAUGGGAGAAGAAGAUGACUAUUUCUACAUUGAUGAACAAACGAAAAAUGCACUUUUAUCGACAAAG